CAGGCGAACGUCUCUGGUGCUCCGGGCGCGACGCGCGGUUCAACUUAUUUCGUAGCAACUCUCGUAGCGUUGUAGUCGUUUCCGUAGAAACUUUGUAGUGCCAGUUUUAUGAAUUGUGUUGAAUACACAAUGUAGCUAAUGUAGGUUACUGUUGAAGUCUUAAUUAAAUAUAAAACAAAAAUGAAAACUAUUUCGUAUGUGGUUUAUUUAAAAGUAAAGUAAAAUAGCAUUCUUAUUAAAAUUAAAACAUUGCAUUAUUAAAGCGAGAUGAGUAGACAAUAACGCGCUCCCAUUAAGUCCGAAGUUAUAACUUGAGACCUAACCACGUAACUGAAGUUUAAAACGAAUGGACACAAAAGGGUUUUUGGGAGGCGCUCUCUAGCAGGACAAUGUUAACAAACAAAAUCAACACAGCGGGCGAAACUUUCCCGCUGCUAAGAAGUCGAGGCUGUAUACAUUGUUGGGGAGUGAGCACUAACAAGCCGGCUAUCCGAAGUAGUUGAGCGCGGAUGGGCAAACGGGGAAUAAUUUUGGCCGCCACUCAGCAGACAGUUGGACUCUCUGAAACCUAAGUACGGUCAAGCCGCGCUAUAUGGAGGCAUAGUUGGUCAGACCGGCAAGAUGGAGUCGCAAUCCUUGGGAAGAACCCGGCAGACUCCGGCCGCGAGAAACCAUAUCGUUUAUACGGACCACAAAGGACGAAAGAUACCAUACGCCGACAAGAUCACCCCGGAGCCCAUCCUGAACAACAAUACGGGGCGGGACACAAAGGCCGACUCGAUCAGGAACAGUUAUAAUAGCCAAUUCAAAGUUGGCAUCUACGGCUGGCGCAAGAAAUGCCUUUACGUCCUCGUCAUGGCACUCAUGUUUAUGAUGAUCAUUAAUCUCGCGCUCACGCUGUGGGUAUUGAAAGUGCUGGAUUUUAAUUCGGAUGGAAUGGGUCAGCUUCGCAUCGUGCCGGGCGGGCUACAGCUCCUAGGUCAAGCUCUAGUGUUGGAUUCGCUAUUCGCGUCAAGCAUCAAGUCUCGGAGAGGACAGCCCAUUACCGUGGAGUCCUCGAGGAACUUCAGCGUCUCGACGCGGGAUUCCCACGGGCUGCAGCAGAGUAGGCUAUUUUUAGGCCACGACCGUCUGGAGGUGAACGUGGCGCGGUUAGAGGUCCGUGACGCAAGAGGAGCGUUACUACUCGGCGCGGGGCAGGACGCGGUCACCGUGGGCGCAGAGACGUUAACUGUGACCAGCCCCGCCGGGGUCAACCUGCAGAACGCGGUGCAGACUCCGCUCGUGCGGGCCCCGCCGGCGAAGCAAUUAGUCCCCGCCGGGGUAAACCUGCAGAACGCGGUGCAGACUCCGCUCGUGCGGGCCCCGCCGGCGAAGCAAUUAGUUCCCGCCGGGGUCAACCUGCAGAACGCGGUGCAGACUCCGCUCGUGCGGGCCCCGCCGGCGAAGCAAUUAGUGUUAGAGUCGCCGACGCGCUCGCUGGAGAUGCACGCGUCGCAGAACAUCGCGCUGGAGUCGCGGGCCGGCGACAUCAGCGCCAGCUGCCUCACCACCUUCCACCUCAAGUCCGUCGCUGGCGCUAUUCGCCUAGACGCACCCAGCAUAUACAUGCCCAAGCUAAAGUCAGCGCUGCCUCUGCCACCCUCGACGCCGCACUCCCACGACCCUCACCACCAGAACAUCUACCAGUUAUGCGCGUGCAGCAACGGUAAGCUGUUCCUAGCGCCUCCACAUGGCGCCUGCGCCGCUCGCGAGGAGAGCCUCAUCUGCCGAUGAUGGCUCGCACAAGCAGGAAGGCUAAGACGCACGCCACGAUAUAAUCUUAUCGAUUCUAGACGAUAAGCCCAUACAUGUGAUGUCAAAAAUAAUCGAUAUGAUUUUAUCGAGACGAGCGUAGCCCGAUUUAUUACAGAAUUAUAUUAAUGUAGGUGCAAGGUACUAGAAACGAGAUUUAAUGCAAUUCUGUGCUGUGUAUUGUAAUUUUGCGGUGUUUUAACGCACAGUUCUGUCUUUAAUCGGAAAGAAAUGAUCAAUAAAUAAACACUAUUUUCAACUCGUGCCAUUCAAUGAUCAUUUCUUUGUGAUUUAACAUAAUUUCCCUUAUACAGAGUGUUAGAUGGCUGCUCUAGUACGUACAAAACAUACUUAAUGUUCUUAAUAGUCCAUUUUGAAAUUUGCUUAAGGUAUUUUUAUAGUUUCUGCAUUUAUCAUUCAAAUUGUCAAUUUAAACGCCGCGUGAUGGUUCCUUGGUAAAGUUUGUUGAUUAACUUUGAAAGAUUGAUUUACUCGCUUUUUGUAAAUAAAUGUGGAUAUUAUCUUAGCCGAUAUAACUAUAAACAAGCACUGAAUUUGACACAGAAAAUUAGUUGGUUAACUUGAAGUUAUUAUGUAUUCGAGAAUUGACUCUACGAAAUUACAACGAUUAAUAAAACGUAUCAAUAUACACUAAAAUUAACAUCAGUGCCUUUUGGAAUCACGUUUAGGAUAACGAUUGGCAAAAACAAUGUUGUUGUUAACUAAAGUACUAUCAUCAAAGCACAGCUUCACACGUCAUUAUGGAAUAAGUAAGUUAUUGUUUGUAAAUUACCUAUUUGACUGGAUGUGAUACUCACAAAAGUGUUCAUGAAUAAUAAUAUUCGGAAAAACUGUAGUAAGGAAAUACAUAAAUGGUUUAACACAAUUUCAAACGAACGCGUUUAGUUUUUAU